AUGAGUAACGAUUUAUCUCACAGGUCAACCUCACAGCCCAAUCCUGUCACUCAUACAAACUCUUUCUCUUCCCACUUCCACUCUCAAGGACUCCCACAAACCGCCAAAAUGACCGAAGCCCGCCACCAAGUCAACUUCAUCACCGGCAACGCCAACAAGCUCUCCGAGGUAAAGGCCAUCCUCGAGCCCGCCAUCUCCGUCACAAACCAGUCCCUCGACCUUGUCGAGAUCCAAGGCACCCUCGAGGAAGUAACCAUUGACAAAUGCCGCCGCGCCGCCGAACUCGUCGGCGGUCCCGUCUUGGUAGAAGACACCUGCCUCUGUUUCGAUGCUCUGCAGGAUCUCCCAGGACCAUACAUCAAGUGGUUCCUGGGGUCUAUCGGCCACGAAGGUCUCAACAACAUGUUGCUUGCCUAUGAAGACAAGGGUGCCAAAGCUGUUUGCACGUUCGGAUACUCUGCCGGACCUGGACAUGAGCCCAUCCUUUUCCAGGGCAUCACACACGGAAAGAUUGUGCCCGCAAGGGGGCCAAGCAACUUUGGCUGGGAUCCUAUUUUUGAGUAUGAGGGGAAGACAUACGCCGAGAUGGACAAGGCCGAGAAGAACAAGAUCUCUCACCGGAGCAGAGCUUUGGCGAAGCUCCAAGAGUGGUUCGCCAAGGAGAUGACCGCGUAA